UAUAACGAGAAAUUGGAUACGUUGGCUACUUUACAAGCAGAAUUGGUUAGCGAAAUUAAUGAUACACCUCAAUCAAAAUCUCUCAUAAUAAGGUCUCAUACAUAUGCUCAGGAAAAAAAGAGUUUAUUUUUCGAGCAUGUUAGCAUUACACAACGAUCAGAACCAAAACAUAAU